AUGGCCAAGAAACGCACCAAAUACGAAGACGGAUACGAGGAACUUCGCGACCAGCCUGGAGAUGGUUUCUUCAUUCCUUCCAGGCCCUUCGAGACUAUCGUCGGCCACUUCUGGGGCAUGCUGGGAACGCGUGACUACAUGAGAACGCGGUUCGGUUUCAUCGAUGCCCUUGGCCGUAUUGACGUCUGUGAUUCUGUUGAGAUGCAACUUGAGCACGUACGGGACAUGCUCUGCCUGUGCCGCAGGGAUAACAUGAGUAUUUUUGAUUUCGUGCCAUUCCUCAUGCCCCGCACAGACAGGGACCAGGAGUGCUACGGCUUUACCAAGUGGUACUUCACCUCGAGGAGCAAGCCUGAUUAA